GUGCUUUGCUUUUGAUUUCAACCGGGAAGUGCAGGAGAAAUAUCCUCAGGGUGGUGUCUUUACACUUACGUCUCGUGAUUCAACAAUAUAUCCUAGAGAUGUGAAGUUUGCCAUGAACAACAGACAUGAAUCAUGUGGCGUGUUCUUUCGUGGGCUUUUAUCUGUCAGCGGUCUUUUUUCUCGACAGCGCACUUUUGUCUGAAGCGUCAAGUCUCAGUCUGGGAGAUAAUAUCGUCUCUCUGAACGGAAAAUGGCAGCUGGUGAACUCAAACUCCACUUUUUCUCUCAGUGCAGAAGUGCCCGGCUGUGUUCAUACAGCUCUUCAGCGUCAGGGAGUCAUUUCGGAUCCAUAUUAUAGGUUUAAUGACCUGGCAUACCGAUGGAUUUCACUUGACAACUGGACGUACACUACAUCGUUCUCACUACCUGCUUGUGUUGAGGAAGUUCAAGAUGUUCAAGGAAAAGGGAAAGUUGUCCUGGUGUUUGAAGGAGUCGACACAAUCUCUACCAUUUCACUCAAUGGAGUCACAAUCGGGACGACAGACAAUAUGUUCCGCAGAUAUGAUUUUGAUGUCACUGGAUUGCUCAAGGAUCAGGAGAAUAUUCUUCAGGUGUUUAUAAUGUCAGCUGUGGCUUACGCCUCUCAGAGGAGUCGGGCACACACUAAAUACAGGGUACCACCAGACUGCCCUCCUCCUGUACAGAAAGGAGAGUGUCAUGUGAACUUCAUUAGAAAGGCUCAGAGUUCAUUCAGCUGGGAUUGGGGUCCAUCUUUUCCCACACUGGGCAUCUGGAAAGGUGUUCGUCUGGAAGUCUUCAACACUUUUAGGGUUUUAAGUUUCACCACAAGUCCAAAAUAUGACUCUGCAGAUUCAAGCUGGAGCGUUGAAGUCGAAUUGUUUUUCGAUGUUGUUGUUGCAUCGAAGGGUCUUGUGCAUAUUUCCAUACCAUUACUGCUUUCAGAAGCAGAAUUUCAGCUUUCUCUUACACCUGGACAGAGGAAAACAUUCUUUAUCUUGCAGGUUAACCAGUUUCAGAAUGUCAGUUUGUGGUGGCCGUUUGGACAUGGAGAUCAGCGCCUCUAUAACCUGGAGAUAAAUGUGAAAUUGGACGAUGGAGAGACAUUUAAGGCACAGCGAAUGGUUGCUUUCCGCACAGUGAAGUUGGUCCAGGAGCUCAUUCCCUCCUCUCCGGGCCUCAGCUUCUACUUCCGCAUUAAUGGCAAACCAAUUUUCCUGAAGGGUUCAAACUGGAUUCCUGUUCACGCCUUUCAGGACCAAGUUACCACCGACAUGAUCACAGUCCUGCUCCGCUCUGCACAGAAGGCUAAUAUGAAUGCUUUGAGAGUGUGGGGCGGGGGAGUUUAUGAGCAGGAUUUCUUCUACAACCUGUGUGAUAUGUAUGGAAUUAUGAUUUGGCAGGACUUCAUGUUUGCCUGUGCGUUGUACCCGACAGAGAGGGAUUUCAUACAGACAGUGAGGGAAGAAAUCACACAGCAGGUACGACGACUGAAAUCUCACCCCUCUGUGGUCAUCUGGAGUGGGAACAAUGAGAAUGAAGCUGCCAUAGCAACAGACUGGUUUAAUAUAUCUGUUGCUGACCGACCACUGUAUGUGAAAGACUAUGUCAAUCUGUAUGUCGACAACAUCAGAGACAUCGUGCUGCAGGAGGACAGUAGUCGUCCUUUUCUCGUGUCUAGUCCAACCAAUGGUGUUGAGUCUGAGAGGGAAGGUUGGGUGGCCCAGAACCCCUAUGACCCUAACUUUGGAGAUACACACUACUACAACUACUUCACUGAUUGCUGGGACUGGACUGCUUUCCCCCGCACACGAUUUGCAUCAGAGUACGGCUUCCAGUCCUGGCCUUCAUUGUCCACUCUUAGUAAGGUUUCAGUGUCUUCAGAUUGGGAUUUCAGCAGCAAUUUCUCAGCUCAUCGGCAGCAUCAUGAAGACGGAAAUCAGCAGAUGCUAAGACAAGCAGAGCUGCAUUACAUUCUUCCCAACAGCACAGACUCAGUGCAGAGAUACAGAGACACUAUUUACAUCACACAGGUGAUGCAGGCACAGUGUGUGAAGAUCCAGACAGAAUUCUACCGCCGCAGUCGCAGUGACAUCAGUGAGGGCAAAGGUCACACGAUGGGCACUCUUUACUGGCAGCUCAACGACAUCUGGCAGGGGCCUUCCUGGUCUUCUGUAGAGUUUGGUGGUAAAUGGAAGAUGCUGCACUACUGGGCUGCAGAUUUUUACGCUCCUGUACUCUCGGUGGGAAUUGAAGAUAAGGGAGAUUUGCUCAUCUAUGCUGUCUCAGACAGACAGUCUGAGCAGCACAGUGUCAAAGCCAAGGUGAAAUUAUUCAGCUGGAGCAGCUUUAAUCCUGUCUGUUCUUUGGAGUCCAAUAUGACUACAGUAAAAGCAGGCGGAAGCACCCUUGUUUUUCAGCAAUCUAUGUCUGCUCUCCUGUCACAAUGUGGAAACUGCACGCGGCGAUCCUGCAUCAUCACAUUUCAUCUGAGCAGCGCAGCUGAACCCAUCAGCCCUCACAAUCACAUCUUUCUCAGCUCUCCAAGACAGGCCGAGGGUCUGCAGAAACCCAACAUCACGUUUACUGUAAAGGAUGCUGGUGUUGUGCAGAACUUUGCCGUAACUUUGCACUGCUCCUUUCCUGCUGUGUAUGUUUGGCUUGAUGUCGAUGAUGUUCCUGGUCACUUUAAUCUCAACGGCUUCCUGAUGCUGUCCAAGAAAACUACAGUUAUCUUUGGAGCAUGGAUAUCCACCAGUGUUGAGGAAAUCACUGCAAAUCUUCAUAUUACUUCUCUCAGGGAUGUCUAUUGAUUAUACACUGUGCCUUUCUAUUGGAAACGUCCUACUUUGCAAAUCUAUUUAUUAAAAGAUCACAGGGCCCAGAAAUCUUUACUCAGGUUGGAUUUAUUCACAUGAAACAGAAGUUGUGACAGUAUUUUCAUGCCUAUUGUGAUUUAAAAA